AUGCCUCGUGGCCUCUCGUUGCUCCUGGGCCUUUGUGUCUGCAGCGUCGCAGUGGACGACAGGCGCCUGGUUUACAGCUAUGACGGCUCGGACAGACAAGUGGACUGGAGUCGAUUUGCAGAUGUCUUCCCCUACCUGGUGUCAUUGCAGUUUGCGAGCAGCUCGACCCACAUCUGCGGAGGGACCUUAAUUCGAGAUCGCUGGGUGCUGACUGCGGCGCAUUGCUUCGGAACUGCGAAGGAUUCAGUCCAAAGCUACGAGGUUUGGUCUUUGGCAUCCAGGGAUCAAGAUUCCUGGAACAAGAAGGGCAUCGACUUAAUGGUGGUGCACCCCGGGUAUGACAUGAGCAGCCUGGACAAUGACAUCGCUUUGCUUCGAUUGUCCGAGUCCCUUCCAAGCGUACCGCUGGUACAGCUGGAGAGUUCCGACACCCGCCACAAUGGUUCGCAGGCACUCCUCGCUGGAUGGGGAAGCAUUGACGAGGCAUGCCAGCAGUAUGAGUUCAUCCUCAAGGAGGGUGAUUCUCACAUUGUGGACCGGGCGCCCUGCGCACAGAGCGGCCAGUUCUUCAACUGGACUAAGCUCAUCUGCGCAGAGCACAUCAACGCCACAGACAAGGAUGUGGCAGGUGCUGGCUGUGGGGACAGUGGCGGGCCUUUGUUCGUGAUGGAAAACGACCAGUUGAUACAGGUCGGGGUCGUUUCGUACACCGCAGCCGGCCGCGAUGUAUUCACGCGAGUGCACACCUUCCUGGACUGGAUCAACGGAGUCCUGAAUUCACCACCAGCUGAUCAUAUGAUGGUCCCACCAUACUGCCAUGGCUCGUGCUGUGACGAUGCAGAAUACAAAGAUCGCUGGAACGAAGAAUGCUGGACCUGGCAGAACUACGAAUGCGAUGAGACCCAGCUGCCCUACUCGGAGAGGGUAGAUUUGAUGGACAAGUGCAAAGCAAGUUGUAUGCGUUGUCCUAUUUGUGAGGCAACGAACAGCAGCUGCUGUGACACCGUCGGGUUCACAAGUGGCAGAGGACAUGCCUGUACUCAGUGGGCAGGCGUUGACUGCACCACGGCGGUGGCCGACUACGGCUACAGCAGCUUGACGAGAAGUAGUGCUGUUGCGCAAACAUUCUGCCGAUGA